GGCCCCCAGUGUUAGCAAGGAACUGGAGUUCUUUGCUUAUUACCUGUCUCCCCUCCUCCUCUUCCUCCUCCUCUCCUUCCUCCUCCUCCUCCUCCUUCCCUUUCCUGUCCUCCUGUUCCUCCUCCUCUUUUAUUUCUUUUCCUCUUCCUCCUCCUUUUUUAAAAAAUCACUUGAAUGGUUGCUGUGCAGUAGUUGAUUGGUUAAGUUACCAUCACGACCCUUUAAGAAGAAAACAUAUAAUUCUAGUAAUUUUAUUGGGCUCAGGUUUCAGGCAAAUGGAAACAAAAUUGCCUCUAAAAAUAAAAGACAAACACCGAACUGACUAAAACAAUAAUAAAAAGCCUCCUUUCCCUUGAGUUCAGUAGCAAGUCAUUUUGUGAAAUAUUAGAUAGAAAAAGAGUGGGGGGAUGUGGAGAGACCCAGGAGAAAAGAGGAAAGAAAAACAACUUUAACACCCUUGCUUUCAUUUCGGCUCUACCCUUCCCAAAGAGCUUAAUUUACGUGUUCGACAGGGAAGCAGAAAGCACCAGUGGUGAAAUCGGUCCUUGUCCGGAGCUUAACAGUACAGGUGGAGGAAGGGGGCUGUCUGCCAAAUACUUCUGGUUGGAGGGAGGGGUGGGAGUGCUCGCUCCAAACCACUCCUGGAAUGGCUUAACGCGCCCAGCGCGAAUCAAUGACAACCUCUCUCGCCGGCUGCGGCAGGCUCCCCGAGCAGCGCUGCUGCGUGGAUUCCCAGCCCGGGACCCUGGCGGCGCUCAAGACACGGCCCGGGCACCAGUGCGGCGACCCGAGAGCGGCCAGGGCUCUGGCUGAGAACAUGGCCAAUGGCAUUGACGAGCUCAUCGGCAUUCCCUUCCCCAACCACAGCAGCGAGGUGCUGUGCAGUCUCAACGAGCAGAGGCACGCAGGGCUGCUGUGCGACGUGCUCCUGGUGGUGCAGGAGCAGGAGUACCGCACACAUCGCUCUGUCCUGGCUGCGUGCAGCAAGUACUUCAAGAAGCUCUUCACAGCCGGCAGCCUAGCCAGUCAGCCCUAUGUCUAUGAGAUCGACUUCGUGCAGCCCGAGGCUCUGGCCGCCAUCCUGGAGUUUGCCUACACCUCCACACUCACCAUCACUGCCUCCAAUGUCAAGCACAUCCUCAAUGCUGCCAGGAUGCUAGAGAUCCAGUGCAUCGUGAAUGUGUGCCUGGAGAUCAUGGAGCCCAGUGGCGGUGGAGGUGAGGAGGAUGACAAGGAGGAUGAUGAUGAUGACGAAGAUGACGACGAUGAAGAAGAUGAAGAAGAAGAGGAAGAAGAGGAAGAAGAGGAUGAGGAUGAUGAUACAGAGGACUUUGCUGACCAAGAAAACUUGCCCGACCCCCAGGACAUCAACUGCCACCAAAGCCCCUCUAAAACGGACCAUCUCACGGAGAAGGCCUAUUCAGACACACCCAGGGACUUCCCUGAUUCUUUCCAGGAUGGCAGCCCUGGUCAUCUGGGUGUGAUUCGGGACUUCUCCAUUGAGUCUCUGCUAAGGGAGAACCUGUAUCCCAAAGCCAACAUCCCUGAUAGGAGACCCUCCUUAUCUCCAUUUGCCCCAGACUUCUUCCCACACCUCUGGCCAGGGGACUUCAGUGCCUUUGCCCAGCUGCCUGAGCAGCCAAUGGACAGUGGGCCACUGGAUCUGGUAAUCAAGAACCGGAAAAUCAAGGAGGAGGAGAAGGAGGAGCUCCCCCCACCCCCGCCACCACCCUUCCCUAGUGACUUCUUCAAGGACAUGUUCCCUGACCUGCCUGGGGGGCCACUGGGCCCCAUCAAGGCAGAGAACGACUAUGGUGCCUAUCUUAACUUCCUGAGUGCCACCCAUCUGGGGAGCCUUUUCCCACCCUGGCCACUGGUAGAGGAGCGCAAGCUGAAGCCCAAGGCCUCUCAGCAGUGCCCCAUCUGCCACAAAGUCAUCAUGGGGGCCGGGAAGCUACCACGGCACAUGAGGACCCACACCGGGGAGAAGCCAUACAUGUGCAACAUCUGCGAAGUCCGCUUCACCAGGCAGGACAAGCUGAAGAUCCACAUGCGGAAGCACACGGGGGAGCGACCCUACCUGUGCAUUCACUGCAACGCCAAGUUCGUGCACAACUACGACCUCAAGAAUCACAUGCGCAUCCACACCGGGGUGCGGCCCUACCAGUGCGAGUUCUGCUAUAAGAGCUUCACGCGCUCCGACCACCUGCAUCGCCACAUCAAGCGCCAGAGCUGCCGCAUGGCCCGGCCCCGGCGCGGCCGCAAGCCCGCCGCCUGGAGGGCUGCCAGCCUGCUCUUUGGGCCCAGCGGCCCCGCGCCGGAAAAGGCGACCUUCGUGAUGCCGCCCGCACUGGGCGAGGUGGGCGGCCACCUGGGCGGGGCGGCCGUGUGCCUCCCGGGGCCCAGCCCCGCCAAGCACUUCCUGGCAGCGCCCAAGGGCGCCCUGAGCCUGCAAGAGCUCGAGCGCCAGUUUGAGGAGACGCAGAUGAAGCUGUUCGGGCGCGCGCAGCUGGAGGCUGAGAGGAACGCGGGGGGCCUCCUGGCCUUUGCGCUGGCUGAAAAUGUGGCCGCUGCGCGGCCCUACUUCCCUCUCCCCGACCCCUGGGCUGCAGGCUUGGCCAGCCUCCCCGGGCUCGCCAGUCUCAACCACGUGGCCUCUAUGUCUGAUGCCAACAACUAGGCUGGCCCUGGUAGACCUUUCCCACCAGCCCCAUCCCCUCUUACCACGCCUGAGCUGCCCCAACCAGCGGCUGUGAACAUCACGCUUUACAAACACAAUGGGAAAAGAAACAAUAUAAAUUAGCAGCCUCGUAUUCCACGCCUCCGAAGGCAGCACCUCCCUUUUGCUGCUCUCAGAAAUGGGUUUCACCUCCUAAUGGGUCUGGAGCCUGAAGCCUCCUCUCUCUGGCUGUUUCUCUGUGUUACACAAAAACUUACAGAACCCAGGUUUCAGCAGAGGGCCAUAUGUUGGUGCCCAGAGCAUCGUGGAACCCUGGGAUCUAUACAGAGGGGAUUGUUCCUCCUGGAGGUGGGCAGGAUGGAGGAAGAACAAGGCUAGGGUCCUGAGUACACAGCUUGGUUGAGCCCCACUGUCCGAGGGGAACCACUUCCAUCACUGCUCUGGGGCUCAUUUUCCAGUGCCCUGAGGUCUGAGGUCUGGUAUCCUUUAGAACAGUUACCAUAGAAAGAGGUCCCAUUGACCUGGAGACACCCAAGGACAAGGAGCCAAUCAUUGGAGUCUGAUCUGUGUUCCCCUUGCCCGUCCUAUGAUCUAGAACUGGUCAGCCCUCUGUCUGUGCCUCUGUGUCACCUACUAUGAAGGGGUUUGGUAAUUUAGAUUCCCCUCACCCAGCUCCUGUACCUAUGUACAUCUGUCCUCUAAGGAGGAUCCUGGAGAGGUGGGAACUUUGCAUCUCCAGUUUUCCUGGAUAAAGUUUCUCUAACUGGGUACUUGGUUUUAUUACUUCCACCUCCAUUUUGAACAUUAUUACAAGCAGGAAAUGUGACCAAACUAGACAAGGGGAGGCUAUGGGGAGGGUGGACCACUUGUCUAUGGCCCACAGGAAGCUCAGGGGGACUCCACGCUGCCCCAUUUCCUGCAAGCUUUGUUUGGUCUGCACUGCUGGGAACACUGGUCAGCUUUGCCCCCUCUUACUUACCAUCUUCAGUGUUGGACAGAGUUUCUUGGGGUUCCUGGGGCCAAUGUCAAAGGGACAAGGCCAGAUACUUGCACCUGACAACCGUCUCCCUUCCCCCUGAUUUCAGAGCAACAAAGCACCUAGUUACUCAGGCUUCAUGGGUUUGCUUCUCAAGGUGGGGUUCCUGCUGGCCCCCCCUUUUCAGUGUUUCAGCCUCUCCCCAUCCCUUUCCUCCACCCUCCAGGGAUGAAGUUCAGGUAUUUGGUUUUCCUCUUGGCAGAAGGGCCCAGCGUGCGGGCGCAGAGGUUUGAGGUUUGAAGGGCCUUGUGUCUGAGGACAUACACUGGCCUGGUCAGAAGUUGGUGGCAGGUCCUGGAAGGAAGACAGUUGUGCUGGCCCAGUGCCUUCCUGACUGUACUACUCUUUUCUUCCCUCCCUCCUUUUUCUAGCUGAGUCUGCUUUGACUGCUCAGUGUCCUGGAGAGGAAAGUGCACCUGCCCAAAGAGUCCAGGACUGGAGUCCCCGGCCCCAAGCUGUGGCACAAGAGCUUGGCUCUUCUUAUUGCCUUGGCUUUUUUUCUGAGCAAACACAAAAAACAAAAAGGCCAGAGAAGACCACAGACUCUGUCCCUCUCACAGCUCCCCAGAAGAGACUCCCUGAGUCCCCAUGUCAUCAGAUGCCAUUUCAGCCAGGUGGAAACCUUCAGACACCCUCUACGGUGACCUGCCUGGGUAGCCACCUCUUAGAUUCUUGUCUCCAUUUCAGACUCUUGCUUCUGGGACCCACCAGCCAACAUGCCCAUGCUUCCACAUCACCAGGGGACUGGGGCUGAUCUCAACUCACAAAGACAAAAUGAACAAAGUGGAAUCCAGUGGUAUUGGGGCUUUUGUUUUUAUUUUGUAAAGGUAAUGACUUCUUAUAAACUCCAAUUUUCAGAUGUCUGGUUAGUUCUUUUUUUGUUCUUUCUUGGCUGCAGUUUGGAGUUGUACAUUGUAAAAUAUCCAAAGAUGUUCAGUACUGUAUGAUCAAGAACUUGAAGCAAAUGGGGAUGUGGGGGGAGGGGUGCCUGUUUUAUUUUGUUUCAAUUUUCUUUUUGAUAUUUCUAAUUUCCCUAUCUGUCUGUGGGAGAACUUUGGAAUUUUUUCUAUUUAUGACUCUUUUUAUGUGAUUGCUCUAUGUAAAAAUGACACUCAACAAAGUUUGCCUUAGUGAUUCAAGGGACAAUCUUCCAUAACUUUGGUUGCACGCAGCAUCCUGCCAAGAAACUCUCAGCUAAUUUUCUGGCCUAUUUAUUAAACAGUAUUAACUGACUUGUUUAAAUCA